AUGUUUCCUCUAGAAACAAACCACAGAGCAUCAUGCAAAAAAGUGAUGGACGAAGUCAAAUCGGCAGAGCCAUGGUUCGGUAUCGAGCAAGAGUACACGCUGUUCGGCACAGACCGCAGACCACUCGGUUGGCCUACGGAUGGUGUUCUGCCCCCACAAGGACCAUACUACUGCGGAGUGGGACCGAACAAAGUGUUCGGACGUGACAUCCUGGAAUCGCACUACAGAGCCUGCCUGUACGCAGGGCUGAAGAUUGGCGGCACGAAUGUGGAGGUCAUGCCUUCUCAAUUUGAGUUCCAGGUAAUCGGACCAUGCACCGGCGUGGAUGCGGGCGACCAGCUGUGGAUAGCAAGGUUUCUACUGUACAGGAUCGCCGAGGACUACGGAGUGAACGUUUCUCUCGAUCCCAAACCGCUGCCCGAUUGGAACGGAGCAGGUGCUCACAUCAACUUCAGCACCAUACACAUGAGGCAGGAUGGUGGCAUCAAAUACAUUAUGGAAGCUGUGGAAAAAUUGAGCAAAACCCACGAAGAGCACAUGAAGUGGUAUGAUCCACGUGGGGGGGAGGACAACAAGAGGAGGUUGACUGGUUUACAUGAGACGAGCGACAUAUCGACAUUCUCGUAUGGUGUGGCCGAUAGAGGAGCUAGUAUAAGGAUCAACAGACAGGUAUACGAUGAAAAGAAAGGUUUCCUAGAAGAUCGCCGGCCAGCAGCCAACGCAGACCCGUAUAUGGUCUCAGAAAUCCUCUGCCGCACCAUCGUCCUCAACUCAUAGAGAGUGGCCGUACUAAAUUGUGUAGUUAACUUUGCGUGUGCUCCGUUCGUGUAAUGUUACUCAAGUUGAUAACAUUUGUGUUCUUCAUUGCGUGGAUUUGUUACUUUAGAUGUGACGUCAUUGUGACUUCACUCGAGACCUGAUUAUGACGUCAGUUGUGGUUGUAAAUUGUAUAUUGUUUUGACGCAUGCUCUAGUUGAAUGUUCAUUUACUAAUUUUGGUGUUUUUUUUCUGAAAAUUUGACUCUCCAAAUAUUUCAAAGCAAUGAUAUUUUGGCGUCUAUCAAAAUUUAAUUAUCAUUCAACAAUUUCGGUUAAUUAAUUAAUUAAUUAAUUAUAAUAAUGUAUUAUUUUACUAAAUUCUUUAUUAACUCAUCUAA